AUGGACGCUCCUUCUCCUGCUAACAGUCUCCUCCCUCCACAGUCUCACCGUAAGUUUUCGGCUCCGCGACACGGAUCUCUGGGCUUCCUGCCCCGCAAGAGGAGCCGUCGUCACCGUGGAAAGGUCAAGAGCUUCCCCAAGGAUGACGCCUCCAAGCCCGUGCACCUGACUGCCUUCCUGGGCUACAAGGCCGGCAUGACCCACAUCGUCCGUGAGGUGGACAGACCUGGGUCAAAGGUGAACAAAAAAGAAGUGGUAGAGGCUGUGACCAUUGUGGAGACCCCUCCCAUGAUUGUUGUUGGAGUUGUGGGCUACGUCAACACCCCCAGAGGCCUCCGCUCCUUCAAGACUGUCUUCUCUGAGCACGUCAGCGAUGAGGCCAAGCGUCGCUUCUACAAGAACUGGUACAAGUCCAAGAAGAAGGCUUUCACCAAGUACUGCAAGAAAUGGCAGGAUGAGGAGGGUAAGAAGCAGCUGGAGAAGGACUUCGCUGCCAUGAAGAAGUACUGCCAGGUCAUCCGCGUCAUCACCCACACACAGAUGCGUCUGCUGCCCCUGAGGCAGAAGAGGUCUCACCUCAUGGAGGUGCAGCUGAACGGAGGCUCCAUCUCCGACAAGGUGGACUGGGCCCGUGAGAAGCUGGAGCAGGCCGUGCAGGUGAACACAGUGUUCACCCAGGACGAGAUGAUCGAUGUCAUUGGUGUCACCAAGGGUCACGGAUACAAGGGUGUAACCAGCCGUUGGCACACAAAGAAACUCCCCCGUAAGACCCAUCGUGGUCUUCGUAAGGUAGCCUGUAUUGGUGCCUGGCAUCCUGCCCGUGUGGCCUUCUCUGUGGCCCGUGCUGGUCAAAAAGGCUACCACCACCGCACAGAAAUCAACAAGAAGAUCUACAAGAUCGGCCAGGGCUACCACACCAAGGAUGGCAAGCUGGUGAAGAACAACGCCUCGACAGAGUACGAUCUGUCCAACAAGAGUAUCAACCCUCUGGGUGGAUUCGUCCACUAUGGUGAAGUGACCAACGACUUUGUCAUGGUGAAGGGAUGCGUUAUUGGGACCAAGAAGAGGGUGCUGACUCUGCGCAAGUCUCUGCUGACCCAGACCAGCCGUCGUGCCCUGGAGAAGAUCGACCUCAAGUUCAUCGACACCACCUCCAAGUUCGGUCAUGGCCGCUUCCAGACCGUGGAGGAAAAGAAGGCGUUCAUGGGACCACUCAAGAAGGACCGCAUUGCCAAGGAGGAGACUGCUUAAAGUCUCUGUCCCUGUCAGGAGUCUCUGCUGUGUUCACUGUCACCAUCUUAAUGUUCUGCAGAGUUAUUUAAUAAAAACAGAAAAACAA